CACAAAUCAGCCACGCCCGUUCCUCUCACAACAGGAACGAAAACCAAAAACCCAUGCAUCUCAAUGGAUGGAGAGACCAGACGGUUCGCCUGCACUUCUAGACCAACAAACAGAGAGGUUCUUCUUGAUGAUAAAGAGGCUUUGACUCCUCCUCCCCCUGAUUGCACGAGUGGCCCAAGGCCCUCCCACAAAGUUCGUCGAGAAAAAGCCAGCUAUUCGCUUUUCAACAUUGGGUACCAGAGUUAUAUUUCGUAUCAGCACUACACAACACUGAAACCUGGAGAGGACAGGGAUUCGAGAUCUGAGCUGUGAAACGAGAUCCAAGCUUCGCGGCGCAGCAGCCCGGUACCUGAUGUACCGUACCUCCUCUUAAGGGAGGGAUCAGUUACGAAUAUCCAAGGUCCCAAAGGCUCAACUACAAGGUGGUGGCGAGGCCGAUCGAGCUACCCCUCGCGGACAAUGUUUUGAGAGAGCGGACGCCAGGGGAGCUGUCAUACACCCAUGAAAGUAGACCAGAGCCAGGUUACAAUUCGGAUAUCUAGAAUCUACACUGCCCACGAGCAGGACCCCUAUCCGCGAUUUAACUAAUCCUCUCGGACGGUUCUGAAAAGCUUCUCACGAACGAGACGAGGCAUGAGUUUAAAAAUGACAGGGUUGGAGCCCCAACUGGAGAAAUAGUUCACAUAAACCAAUCACACAUCCUCACAGCUUCCCACUGGAAUUUAAGCAGUAACUACAGCGUAGUUUUAGCUUUCUUAUCAUUAGCCUAGGGGUGUUUUGGUGGCGGGACCAAGCUCUCCCCUCUCGUAAGGCGAAACACUCUCAAGGCGGGUGGCAUACAGGUCGAACAUAUCCAGCCGCUGCUGCGCAUUUUUGUUUCCAAGGUACCUAACAAGGGAGGUACAUCAGGGUAAGUGAGUGGGCCAAGGCGAAGUCCGGAGAAAAUCAGAGAAACUUAUUCAGGAGGUCGGGGUAUUGAAGAAGAGAGGCUCCUUGGCAGCGAGACCGAGAGCUGAGCAGCGCGGUAUACUUUAUAUACCUUCAUUCCAAGCUCACGCCCACUAUCCCCCUCCCUUAUCCUAAAACAAAGAAACGAAAUCAAGGCGCCCCAUCUAUCGAAAUGCGUUUCUCGAUCCUUCUUGCCGCCGCUCUCUCCGUUCUCCCCUCUGCGCUGGCCGCCCCAACGCUAGAACCCAGGAAAUGUGUUGGCCCCAAUGUCAACAAGGCCACUCUCGCCUUGAUCAAGGAAUUUGAGGGCUUCGUACCACGACCCGCACCAGAUCCGAUUGGACUGCCCACCGUGGGAUACGGCCAUCUCUGCAAGACCAAGGGAUGUAAGGAGGUCAAAUUCCCGUUGACCAAGAAAACUGCAACAGCCUUGUUGAAGAAGGAUCUAAGGAGUUUCCAACAGGCCAUCACUCUGUCAACUAAGAAGGCAGUGAAGCUCAAUGCGAACCAGUACGGCGCCCUUGUUUCAUGGGCAUACAACGUUGGACCCAAUGCUGCGCGGUCCUCCAGCUUGAUCAGAAGACUCAAUAGGGGUGAAAAUCCAAACAAGGUGAUUGCGCAAGAGCUUCCCAAGUGGCGGUUGGCUGGUGGUAAAGUUUUUAAGGGACUUGUCCGCAGACGCAAGGCAGAGGUUAAAUUGGCCAAAACUCCAACCAAGAAGAAGGCGCUUCCAGUUAAAUGCUAAACACCACGUGAAAAGACAGCAGAAUCGCUCCCAUCUCUUUAUUUUUUUAUUUUUUUUCCCUUCUUCUUUUUGCAUCAUCUUUCAUGUCUUCAAGUGAUUUUGUUAUGUUCUAUUCUUUCGUUUUUGUUUUGGUAUCUUGCCUUCCAUUUCCCGACGUCUUUUUUUUUUUUUUUUUUUUUUUUUUUUUUUCUGUAUCUACGUUCAAUUGAAUUUGCAAUGUUGCAUUUAAAAGGCGUAUGUCAACAAGCAUAUGGAACAAUGGGCGUCUUUGCACUUCCAAUAAGUUGAUCAGAGCGUAAAGUUAGAAGGAUAUAAGUUCUUGAGCCUGGAUCCGAAAUUUGAGUUCCUGUACUCUGUCAUGUACACUUACAUGUACAUGUACAAGUGCGACUCCGGAAGAAUUUGAAUGGUGAUACCCACGGAGGAAGAAAAGGGAAUUAGCAUAGGACAGUUCAUAGUACCACCUACUCGUUUCACUUGAGAAACUCCGAUGACCCUUGUGGACGUUGUACGCGCCGAGACGCUUCAAAUAGGGGACAGGCAGCCAGCCCUGCAAUGCACCUAGUCAUCCAAUCGUGGUGACUUUUUUUCCUGCUUCC